CGGAAUUCGAAUAAUCAUAUUUGUUGAUAGUCGGCAAGUGGAUUGUUUUCAAAGAAUUCCUUUUAUUCUUUUAUAUUCUCUGUGCAGUUGAACUUCAAUCGUGAAUAGAAAACUUUACACAUCAUUUUGCAACACACGAUUACCUAUAGAACAUAAUAAAUUGAUUCCUACACAGACUGUACAAAUUAUAACCUUAAAAUGUCUGAUGAUGAAGAUGUUAUUUUGAUAAAGAAGAGCAAGCAGGUCCAUUAUGGAUCUCUGGAAGAGCAAGAAAAGGCUCGGCUUGCGGCCCUGGCCGCCGCCGCCGCCCGCGAGGAUGGCGAGGACUCAGGCGGAAAAGAAUUAGGAGACAUUCAAAUCUCAAAUGAAUACAUGGAUCUAGAAGAUGAAAUGUCGAAGGACAAGAAGGCCUUAUUAGAAGAGUUUGAAAGAAGACGCAAAGCUCGGCAGCUUAACGUAUCCACAGAUGAUGAUGAGGUCCGGAGAAGUUUGAGGCAAUUGGGAGAGCCGGUGUGCCUGUUCGGUGAGGGCCCCGCUGAGAGAAGAGUGCGUUUGAGGGAUCUGCUGAGCUACCUCGGUGAAGAUGCGAUCCACAAGAAGAUGGAAGAAGAAGAGGCUCGCAUGGAGAGGGACCGAGGCAGGGAGGGCACCUGGUACCACGAGGGCCCGCCCCAGUUGAGGGAUGCCAGGCUGUGGAUAGCGAAGUACUCGUUGCCACGGGCCAAGGAGAGAUUGAACAAGGCUCGCGAGGACUUGAAGCAGGCAGGCAGCGUCCGAGCCGCUGCAAAGCAAGAAUCUCAAAGACGUGCGGCCGCUAUGUCAAUAUAUUGCAGUCAGAUCGGGGACACGCGGCCCAUAAGUUUUUGCAGAUUCAGUAGCGACAGUAAAAUGUUAAUCACCUCAAGUUGGUCGGGCCUCAGUAAAGUGUGGUCAGUACCAGAAUGCACUCCCCUGCAAGUGUUGAAAGGACAUUCUUGCAAUGUGAGCGCAGCUACAUUCCAUCCUAAGGCUCAAAUACCCCACCAUUUUCUAGAUAAGAUAAACAGUUCCAAAGACGAAGAAACACAGAGCAGCGAGCCGAUGGACACUAACGACGGGUCUGCCUGCACUAUGGCCUCGUGUGCUUACGACGGGUCCGUCUAUCUAUGGAACUUUAAUAGCGAAGCCCCUAUAGCCUCGUUAGAAGGCCACGGUCCCUCGAGGGUGGCUCGAGUAGAGUUCCACCCUUCAGGUCGAUUCCUGGCGGCUUCGGUCUUCGACCAUUCCUGGAGGCUGUGGGACCUGGAGACGGCAACGGAAGUGUUACAUCAAGAGGGGCACGCGAAACCAGUUUAUAGCAUAGCUUUCCAAGGAGACGGGUCUUUAGCUGUCACCGGUGGUAUGGACGCCUUCGGUCGCGUAUGGGAUUUACGCACCGGCCGUUGCGUAAUGUUCCUCGAAGGGCACCUGGGGCCGGUGUUAGGGGCAGACUGGGGCAACGGACACACACUAGCUACUGCCGCUGCCGACCAUCAGGCGAAGAUUUGGGAUUUACGCCAGCGUUCCAUUCUAUACACGAUACCGGCGCACACGCAUCUCAUAAGUGACGUCAGAUACCAACGCAGCCACGGGCAUUUCCUAGUGACUGGCUCCUACGACCGUUCCGCCAAACUGUGGGCCAGCCCCGCCUGGCAUCCUCUGCGAACGCUAGCGGGGCACGAUAAUAAGGUAAUGAGCGUGGACAUAUCGUACGACAACAAGUACAUAGCGACGUGCUCCUUCGACAGGACGUUCAAGUUGUGGGCACCAGAUCUCUCCUAACGACAUUUAUAAAUAAUAAAUAAACAAUUAUAUUAUUAUGUUAUUUAAGUGUAGUUUAAUGCAAUAAAAAAAUA